UUUUUUCUACUUCCUGCUUGUGGCUUCUGCAGUGGGCAUCACACACGUCUUUACAAUGGCUGCAGGUCUGAGACUCCUUGGGAGAUCCCUCCAACAACUUGGCAACAUCUCCAAUGUCUCCUCCAAUGCCAGAGUCCCUGUCUGCGCCAGCAUCAGAUGCCAGCACUCUCAGCCCAGCUCCCAAGACGAGAGACCACGACUAGAAACGAGCCAGGCCAAGAGCUUAUUGGACAUUGGCACAAGACCCAUAUUCAACGCCGACCAUGACAUUUUCAGAGAGAGCGUCAGGAAGUUUUUCCAACAAGAGGUGGCCCCUUACCAUGCAGAAUGGGAGAAAGCUGGACAGGUGAGCCGGGAAAUCUGGGAGAAGGCUGGUCAGCAGGGACUUCUAGGUCCUACCAUCCCAGAAGAACAUGGCGGCAUUGGUGGUGAUAUCUUGUCUUCUGCCAUCGUGUGGGAGGAACAGAUGUACGUAAAUUGCACAGGUCCAGGAUUCAGUCUUCACUCUGACAUAGUGAUGCCUUACAUCUCAAGAUAUGGUAGUAAGAGCCAAAUACAGAAAUAUAUCCCUCAGAUGGCCGCUGGCAAUUGCAUUGGGGCCAUUGCAAUGACUGAGCCAGGAGCUGGAAGUGAUCUGCAGGGAGUGCGUACAAAUGCAAAGAAAGAUGGAAGUGAUUGGAUCCUAAAUGGCAGUAAGGUAUUUAUUACGAAUGGAUGGAUGAGUGACGUGGUUAUUGUGGUGGCAGUGACUAACCGCGAAGCCCGAACUCCGGCUCAUGGCAUUAGCCUCUUCCUCGUGGACAAUGGCACUAAAGGUUUCGUCAAGGGAAGAAAACUAGAGAAAAUUGGUCUGAAGGCACAGGACACCGCCGAAUUGUUCUUUGAAGAUGUCAGGCUCCCCGCCGAUGCUCUGCUGGGAGAGGAAAAUAAAGGCUUCUACUACUUGAUGGCAGAACUUCCCCAGGAGAGGCUUCUGAUCGCAGACAUGGCGCUUGCUAGCUGUGAAUUCAUGUUCGAAGAAACCAGGAAUUAUGUGAAGCAGAGGAAAGCCUUCGGAAAAACGAUUGCGCACUUACAGACCGUGCAACACAAGCUGGCAGAAAUGAAAACCCAGAUCUGUGUGGGUCGCACCUUCGUGGACAACUGCCUCCAGCUUCAUGCACAAAGAUGUUUGGACUCUUCAACUGCUUCCAUGGCAAAAUAUUGGGCAUCUGACCUCCAGAAUACAGUGGCUACUCAAGGUGUUCAGCUUCAUGGAGGAUGGGGCUACAUGUGGGAAUACCCCAUUGCAAAGGCCUAUGUAGACUCUCGUGUUCAGCCCAUCUAUGGUGGUACAAAUGAGAUUAUGAAGGAACUCAUUGCAAGAGAUAUUGUAAAAGACUAGUGAUGGUCUUCUGAUGAUGACCCCAAGUGCCUGUAAUUUACAAUAUGUUACCUCCUAAGGAUUAAUAUUUGAUACUGACUUAUUUGACACUUGAAAAGUGUGACCUGUUAUAAGCUCAAGUUAACCAUGAAGCAUCGUCUGGCUGGUUUGUUGUCAAUUUUGUCUUUUGAAAGUCAAAUAAAAGAUUUAAUAAGAGGCCCGCUAAGGAGCACACAUGUGA